AGGAAGACAUUGGCUCAAAGAAAUGGAUGAUGAACCUGAAAGAACCAAACGAUGGGAAGGGGGUUAUGAAAGAACAUGGGAAGUUCUUAAAGAAGAUGAAUCUGGAUCAUUAAAAGCGUCUAUAGAAGAUAUUCUCUUCAAGGCCAAGCGAAAACGAACCUUUGAACAUCAUGGACAAGUUCGACUUGGGAUGAUGCGCCACCUGUAUGUAGUAGUAGAUGGAUCAAGAACAAUGGAAGAUCAAGAUUUAAAACCUAAUAGAUUAACUUGUACCUUAAAGUUACUGGAAUAUUUUGUUGAAGAAUAUUUUGAUCAAAAUCCUAUAAGCCAGAUUGGCAUCAUUGUAACUAAGAGUAAAAGAGCUGAAAAACUGACUGAGCUUUCAGGGAACCCAAGGAAACAUAUAACGACUCUGAAAAAAGCUAUAGAUAUGACCUGUCUAGGAGAGCCUUCUCUGUAUAAUGCCUUAAAUUUGGCCACCCAGACAUUAAAGCACAUGCCAGGACAUACAAGCAGAGAAGUUUUAGUAAUACUCAGCAGCCUAACAACAUGCGAUCCUUCAAAUAUAUACGAUCUAAUUAAGUGCUUAAAAUCAGUUAAGAUCCGAGUGUCUGUUAUUGGCCUUUCUGCUGAAGUUCGAGUUUGCACUGUGCUUGCCAGAGAAACUGGUGGAACUUACCAUGUUAUUUUAGAUGAAAGCCAUUAUAAGGAACUCCUGAUGCAUCAUGUCAGUCCACCACCAGCCAGUUCUAGUUCUGAAAGUUCUCUUAUUCGAAUGGGCUUUCCUCAGCACACGAUUGCACUGAUGGCUGAUCAGGAUGCAAAACCAUCUUUUAGCAUGGCGCAUCUGGAAAACAGUAAUGAUCCAGGCCUUACACUAGGAGGAUAUUUCUGUCCCCAGUGUAGAGCCAAAUACUGUGAGCUCCCUGUGGAAUGCAAAGUGUGUGGACUUACACUAGUGUCUGCACCACAUCUGGCUCGAUCGUAUCAUCACUUAUUUCCUUUGGAUGCCUUUGAGGAAGUCCCAUUGGAGCAGUAUAUGGGGGAAAGGUAUUGUCAGGGAUGCCAGGGGGAAAUCAGAGAUCACCAUGUCUAUAUUUGUAAAGUCUGUCAUAGUGCAUUUUGUGUUGAAUGUGAUCUUUUUGCUCAUGAUACCUUGCACUGCUGUCCGGGUUGCAUUCACAGCCAUCCUGCUCCUCCCUGCACUUGAUGCCUCUAAUUAAAUAUUAUUUCUUGUACAUUCCUGUGAGCUGAGAAUCCUCACCAAUUGUUCCACUAAACAUCUUCAACAAAUUAAGUUAAAGAGAAAGAUAAAGAAGAUGAGUCAGCUGGAGGCUUAUGUAAAUAUGAUUUUGCACACCCAUUCUAUGAGAUACUCAUGGACACACAAUUCUGUAUGUUACCUGUGUAUGUUUUUGUUAAUGUUCUUUUGGAAUUUUAUGGAAUAAUGUGCCAAAUUAUAUCUUGAAAGUAUUAAACUGGGCAUGUGCAAUUAAACUAUGGAUCUUAUUUAUAUGUCACUUUUCUUAAAUAUAAUUUCUGAAAUUAUAAAGGCUAUAAUCUGACACUUAAUUAGAAGUACUUGAUGGCAGUUGCUUUUAUGAACCUGUAUAUUAUGUCUGGACUUAGAGAACAUGAAGCUUCUUUUCUGUGAUAGCCCCUGUGCUUCUUAGCUCCCUUCGUCCAUUCCAUUAAGUGUAGGAAAAAGUUGAGAUUGAUUCCAGGGAACCACUGUGCCUCCAUGUCAGUAGUUUUAAAGUGCUAUGUAUUUUGCUGUGACAUUGUUUACAGUUUUAAAGAUGAAAAGUUUAAUAAAUGCCCAACUCUUCUUUAGCUUCCAGUGGCAGAAGAGAAAACUGCCCUGAAUAAGCAUAGGUUCUAUUUAAAGUGAUGUUUCUAUGCAGAAUCUUAUAUUAGAGGUGUGAUUUUUAAUAGCGAGACCGGGAAUUUAAAUUAAUUUUAAAAAUUACUCUUAAAUCAUUCUAAGACCUGUUAACAAGAUCUGUUAAUAUCUAGAGUAAAGGUUGACUCCCCAAUAAUGUCCAAAGCAACUCAUGGUGACACUAAAAUGAUGACACACGUGUGAUAAUGUAAUUGUUGUGUAUAUGUCAACUCAAGGUGGUGAACAUACCUAAUACUUCUGCCUCCUAUUUUCCCACAAUGACAAUGCUGUGAGGUGACUUGGGCUGAGAGAGAGUGACUGGCCCAAAGUCACCCCACUGGCUUUCAUGCCUAAAGCAGGCCUAGAACUUAGAUUUCCUGGUUUCCAAGCCAGCACCUUAACCACCACACCAAACUGGCUCUCAUGGAAAUUAUGUAUUUACAUAUUUACAUCAAAUAUUCGGCAUUAAUUGUGGCAUUUACAAUUACAUCUCUGCACAUGUGUCAUAAUUUGCUCCUCCUGCUGCAGACACCAUUGUUGCUUUGUUUCAAUCAUACCUUUAGCUAUAGUUUUAGGAGCAAAGCAGAAGAUUAUUUGCAGAAAUGUGUACUCAUUUUUUAUUGUAAUUUAUCUAAUCAUAUGUUCUGUAUAUAAAAAAACUUAAAUGUGCUUUGUUUUAUUUUCAUUAGGCAUAUCUGAGGCAGACACACUGUUAAAAUCUUGACUUUUGCUAUCAGAGUACAUAAAUAGUACCCAGCUCCAGUGACUUAAUAAAAAUAAAUCAAUCAAGCAGGAUACU